GGCACACAGUGAUUCACGUACACACCCGGCCGAUAGUCGUAACUCGUGAUCCAGAGACUAAACCGUUACCGUUGUGUACGCUAUAGGCACAAUAUAUUAUCAUAAUAUAUUGAAAUUCACAUAUCCGCUGUUAUCAUCGUUAUCGUUUGGUAUUUGAAUUUCAGUACGUUACACAUACUAUACGUUAUCACCUAUUAAAAACCGUUGUUUCAUUGAUCGUUUUUACAAAUCGCGAAUUUCUACUGUGUUUGGUAUAAUACAUUUUGAUUUUAAGAUGGGAGAUAUUCUACAAUUUUUCGACAAUAUCCCAAUUGGUAGCCCGGAAGAGUCUGUGCUCAACUCCAUGAUGUACGAAUUUUUUCGCUACAGGUGUUUCAAGAACACAAUGCAGAGAGAAGCGAUAAUCGAAAUUAUGAAGAGAGAUUCCGACGUGAUUGUGUCAUUGCCGAAGGGAUAUGGAAGAACGAUGUGUUUUCAACUCCCUGUAAUUGUCUCCAUACAGAAGGUAUCCAUCGUUUUUGUUGCCCUCACAUCACGGAUUAAAGUGCAAAUCCAACGGUUGAAAAACAAAAAUAAUUAUGUAGAAGUUUUGAGUUCGAAAACCACGGCAGAUCAAUGGUCACGUAUAUUUAAUAAUAUACACAAAUUUUGUAAUAUGUUAAGUUCAAAAAAUACAGUGCUUUAUAUGACACUAGAAUUGGCAUCAAGCUUUUUUUUAAUGCAUUUAAUGCAGUAUCUUGUUUUAAAUAAUGAAUUGGGAUUCAUAGUGGUAGAUGAGGCAUAUCAUGAAAAUUAUUGGUCAUUAGGUCAAUCCAAGGAAUAUAAUGGAUUAAGAAAACUUAGAAAAACAUUUCAAAGCGUUCCCUGGAUUGUUACUACAGCAGACGGCAGUACUGAAGUUAUUAAUCGCAUCAAGACCACAUUGUGCCUUCAUACUCAUAGACCUGAAUUGCCUAAAGAUUCAAUAUCAUGCUAUGGCUUCUUUAAAGAUGAUGUAUGCCUCGACCGUUGAUCAACCAUACAUAAAAUGUUAAUUGAAAUUGAUAAAAAGUAAUAAUUAAUAAUCUUUACCACAUAUAAAGCUAUUUCAAUUUUUAAGUCAAUAUUUUUAAUUUUUGUGGAGAAAACUUAAUUAAAUAUAUGGUUAUAUAUUGUUUUUUAACAUCUAAAUAAAAUCCAUACAUUUUAAUCAAAAUAUCUUACAUAAAUAUAACAAAUGUACCAUUUAUUUGUAUUAUAUUUACAUUUAUAUUUUUUUUUAUUUUGUGAAUUUGUGUAAAAUAAUUUAAAGAUUAUUGUAUUUGUAAAUAGGCUGGUCUGUUUUAUACCCAACAAAACUAAAUAUUAUUGUAUUUUUUUAUUUAAGUGCUUAUUACUUUUAAAUGGAAUAACAAUUAUUAAUAAAAUAAAUACUGUUCAAUUAAACCGUUUUUGGGUUUUAUAUAGAAUCCAAUCACACUUAAAAUUGAA